AUGCCGUCAAACGAGCCUCGAUUUAUGUUCAAGGCCAAUCUCCGAUCUCAGACUGGCAAGACGUAUGUUAAAUUCUCUGGUGGUGGGGGAGCUGAUCCUCCUGUUACCGCUUUCGUGGAUCACAACGAAAAAACCGAUGAAGCCCAGAUUUGGAGGUUCUACUCUGUCCCAGGUUUUGAUACUCGGGUGGUUAUCAAGAAUCAAGGGAUGAAGGGCCCUCUCUUCGCCGAAACUUAUGCGUCAUUUGUAGAAGAUGAUCACGCCGUCCAGUGCAAGAAAGGUACAUCUGUUUGGAAUGCUACUUCAUAG